CCUCGCUUUCAAGAAGUCUCUAACAAACCCAAAGCCGAUCAAGCAGAAAUGGCACGAACAAAGCAAACCGCCCGCAAGUCCACCGGUGGCAAGGCCCCUCGCAAGCAGCUCGCUGCCAAGGCCGCUCGCAAGUCAGCACCCUCGACCGGUGGUGUCAAGAAGCCUCACCGUUAUCGCCCUGGUACUGUCGCUCUCCGUGAAAUCCGUCGCUACCAGAAGUCGACUGAGCUCCUCAUCCGCAAGCUUCCUUUCCAGAGACUUGUUCGUGAGAUCGCUCAGGACUUCAAGACCGACCUGCGAUUCCAAUCGUCGGCAGUCCUCGCUCUUCAGGAAUCAUCAGAGGCCUACCUCGUCUCGCUGUUCGAAGACACCAACUUGGCUGCCAUCCACGCCAAGCGUGUCACCAUCCAGCCCAAGGACAUCUCGCUUGCACGUCGUCUCCGUGGCGAACGCUCUUAAAGAAGCGUCUCGAGCUCUGUCGGGUUUGUCUGACCAAUGCGAGAAAGUUCUUCGAGCAAGGGCUAGGCAUACGCUUCAGUUGGCCAUAACACUUCGUCUUUCGCUCUUGUCAUCCAUUACAUGCACUGUUGGCACAACUCGUGUCUUUCUUGAGAGCGACUGAAUCAAGA